AUGACGUGCGUCGAGUUUACAGUGAACGGGACAAAAUGUAAAGUGGACAGUUCCCUCCACCGCAACACAACCCUGAACGCUUACCUCAGGUACCACUUGGGGCUGCCAGGGACCAAGUCCAUGUGUAGGAUUGGCAUAUGCGGAGCGUGCAUCGUCAACGUGACUGCGCAGAGAGAGACCAGCGGCGCUGUGGAGACUUUCUCUGUUAAUUCGUGUCUGGUGCUUGUGUUCUCCUGUCACGGAUGGGAGAUCACCACCAUAGAAGGAACAGGGAACCGACUCAAGGGUUACAGUGAGAUCCAGAAACGGAUAGCCGCGUUUAACGCUACUCAGUGCGGGUACUGUACGCCGGGAUGGGCGAUGCACUUGAAUAGUCUCAUCAACAAAGGGCUCAAUAUGGUCGAAUUAGAGAACUCAUUUGGCUGCACCACGUGUCGAUGUACCGGCUACCGGCCCAUCGCAGACACGAUCAAAUCAUUUGCAGUGGAUGCCAGUCCUGCACUGUGCAAAAAAGUCGCAGAAAUAGAAGAACUGUCCACUAACUUCAAUGAUAAAGCCACGAUAUGCAACCGUACGUGCUCUUCGUGCAGCGACGAUGAUUGGAGUCUAGUAAAUGAUAGCAAUAUCCAUGAUCCAAUUAUAAUAAAUAAUGGAGAUGCAACUUUCAUUAAAGUUUUUGACAAGGAGCAGAUUUUUGACAUGAUUAAAAGUUACGGCAUAGAACCAUACAUGAUUAUUCAUGGAAAUACUGGAAAAGGACUAAUCAAGGAUUUUGAGUAUCCGACAGUAUUGAUAGAUAUAAGCGCUGUGCCGACCUUGCAGCACUAUCACUACGAUCAGAACCUAGUCCUUGGUGGUAACGUUUCGUUGGAAGACUGUAUGACCAUAUUCAAGCAGGCCGCAUCGCAGAUGAACGAAUUUGCAUAUUUGGAAGAGUUCGUCAAGCAUUUCGAUUUGGUUGCACAAAUUCCAGUGAGAAAGUUGGGAACAUUAGCGGGCAAUAUGAUGCUGAAACACAAGAACAAUUCUUAUCCUUCUGAUAUAUUUUUACUGUUUGAGGCGAUUGGAGCUACUAUUACUAUAUGUGAUAUUAAUGGUAUGGAGACGUCGUAUUCUAUGGCAUAUUUUCUCGAAAUCAACAUGCAAGAUAAAUUGAUCGUCAGCUUCCAUUUGCCACCAGAGGGUCCAUCUCAUAUAUUUAGGAGUUACAAGAUAAUGCCAAGAAGUCAAAACGCUUUAGCCAUCGUCAAUGCUGCUUUUAGUGUUACACUUGACAGCAAGAGUUGUAUAGACUCUGCUAGUAUUAUAUACGGCAACAUCUCUUCGAGUUUUAUCCACGCGUCCCAAACAGAAGGGUAUCUGAGAGGAAAGAACUUGUUCGAAAACAACCAAGUAUUGCAAGGAGCGAUUCAUGUAUUGAAUAAGGAGAUUGUUCCAGAAGACAACCCUCCUGAAGCAUCUCCGUGGGCAAGAAAGAAGCUGGCAAUUGGACUAUUUUACAAGUUUGUUCUUAGUUUAACUCCGAGUGGUACAAUUUGUUCACGAUAUCAGUCUGGUGGGGAGUUAAUCCAACGUCCUCUAUCAAGCGGCACACAGACGUUCCAAACGGAUCCUUCGCUGUAUCCUCUCAAUCAGCCCGUACCGAAACUUGAAGCUUUGAUACAAAGCUCCGGAGAAGCCCAAUAUGUUAAUGAUAUACCGCCGAUGAUGAAUGAAGUGUUUGCUGCAUUUGUACUAUCUACAGUUUAUAAUGGUGAAGUAGAUGAAAUUGACAUUGAACAUGCUUUGUCAUUAGAUGGUGUUGUAGCUUUGUAUUCAGCCAAAGAUAUACCAGGGAAAAACUCCUUCACCGUUCCUGGUAUACAACUCGAAACCCAUGAUGAGGAGAUAUUGGCUAAACAAAUAAAAUUCUACGGACAAACCAUAGCAAUAAUAGUAGCUGUUAGCCAGGACCUAGCUAUUGAAGCGGCUAAAAAGGUCAGAGUGACUUAUAAGAAUGUACGAAAUACACCACCAAUUUUGACUCUGAAACAAGCUAAAAAAUUCAGUGAUAGAAUUAUAUCUGGUCCAACGAUCGAAGCAAAAGGCAGAGGAGAUAAAACUAAGAAAGUAAUAAAAGGUGUAUUUGAUGUGAAAUCCCAGUAUGCUUACUAUAUAGAACCUCUGACAUGUGUAGCGAUCCCUGUAGACACUGGUAUGGAAAUUUAUGAUGCAACCCAAUGGAUGGAUUUGACGCAAAUAGCAGUAUCAAAAUGCUUGGAUAUGCCGGAAAGCGAUAUACAUUUGAAAGUUCGUCGUAUUGGCGGCGGUUUCGGUGGAAAAAUUAGUCGUAACACACAUGUAGCGUGUGCUGCAGCGGUUGUUGCGAAAGCUUUGAACCGUCCUUGUCGGUUCAUAUUGCCAUUGGAGACCAAUCUCGCCAUUGGCGGUGGAAGAGUGCCUAUGGAGUGCGAAUAUGAGGUUGGUGUCGACGAUGACGGAGUGAUACAAUAUUUACACGCUUCAAUCACAGAGGAUGCUGGUUAUUCUCACAAUGAGAACCUUUUGGACUUUGUUGCAGGCGCUUUCAAAAGUUGUUACAACACUGAGUACUUUAAUUUGAAAACGUAUGCUGUAACGACCGAUUUGAAUUCUAACUCUUAUGUUAGAGCACCUGGUACCCUAGAAGGUGUUAUGAGUAUUGAAAACAUAAUCGAACAUAUAGGCUUUGCCUUAAAGAAAGAUCCCAUUGAUAUACGUAAACUUAACAUGAGAAAAGAAGACAACGAUCUACCAGAACUCAUCGAAACUCUAAAACUGAAGGCCGAUUACGAGAAAAGAUUGAAGGAAGUUGAAAUAUUCAACAAAAACAAUAGAUGGAUGAAGAAAACGCUGAAAGUCAACACCAUGUUCUAUCCAGUACAAUAUUAUGGAAAUUAUACUGCGAUGGUGUCCGUUUACCGUGGCGAUGGUACUGUGACUAUAUCGACAGGUGGAAUCGAAAUGGGUCAAGGCGUCAAUACUAAAGCGGCUCAAGUGUGCGCUUAUGAACUGGGAGUACCAUUGGAAUACAUAAAAAUUGUUCCCAACUACUCGUUUGUAGCAUCAAAUAACGUUUUCUCUGGCUCCAGUAUUGUGAGUGAAUGCAUUUGCUACUCAGUAAUCAAAGCUUGUGAAAUGAUCAAGAAACGAUUGGAGCCGUUGAAGCAGGAGCUAGGGAAUCCAACAUGGAAGGAGUUGAUACACAAAGCUGGGGAAAAUGAAAUGGAUUUGACCGCUUGCUAUAUGAUGGGUGAUACGGAGCUGAAGAAUUACAGCGCGUUCGCUGUCUGCAUUUUGGAGGUCCUGUUGGAUGCGUUAACUGGAAAGUUUAUGAUUGUGAGGUGUGACAUAUUGGAAGAUGUUGGACAGAGUGCAAAUCAGAAUAUUGACAUUGGUCAGGUUGAAGGUGCUUACGUGCAAGGUUUAAGUUAUCUGACAUGUGAACACUUUGUCUACGACAAACACACAGGCAAGAUGUUGACCAACGACGCUCUUACCUACAAAGUGUUUUUGCUUAAGGACAUUCCAGCUGACUUUAGAGUUCACUUGAGAAGCAAUAGUAAAAAUCCAAAAGGCGUGUUAGGAGCUAAAGCCGUGGGAGAAAUGGGAAUUUGUUCAGCGCCCGGGAUAAUGUACGCGUUGAGAGAGUGCAUAUUGGAGUCACGAAAGGACUCUGGCUGUGAUCCUAACGAAUGGUUUGAUCUUGAUGUCCCUCUAACGACCGAGUCGAUAUUAAAAGCAUUGGAUGUUAAGUUGGAAGAGUUCCAGUUACUGUAACUACUUUGGAAGAAAAUUAUUAUCAAAUUGAUUUAAUUCUAAUAUUCUCUGUAGUAUUUGUUUAAAAGUUUUGUUUACAUCUUUCUGCAAAAUAUUAUAUUACUAGCAGGUGCCCGCGACUUCGUCCGCGUGAAAAUCGAUGUACAUUUUCGACGCCGUCGCCCCUUCUAUUUAUAUUUUCGUAUGUUUUAUAUAUAAAAAUUAUAAAAUCACAGCCCCGGCCGAAGGCCGGUGUACAAUAAUGUGCGCGUUUUUU